AUGGAGUUCACGGAGGCGUUCAAGCAGACGGGCCCGUGCUCCUUCUCCCCCGACUCGUGCUUCCUCGCUAUUGCCGUAGACUAUCGCCUCAUCGUCCGGGACAUCGUCUCACUGAAGGUACCCGCACCGUUCAUUCCCACAUUGCCUUUAUCUCGGUCCAUCCCUAGUCUCGUGAGUCGGAAUGUGGGUUUAGGGUUUGGGUUCCUGGUGUAA